AAGGGACACCCCGAACCCAACAGUCACCCCCUGGCUGCCUCUCGGCUCUGGUCUUCUCCCUCCGCCCCCAGAUGACUGGAAGUGAACCAAGGAGGAGCCCCCUUAAAGAAGGGGUGUGUGUCAGAAGCCCAGGAGGUGUGUGAAUAAAUAUCUGUCCCCCAAGCAACAGGACUGAGGACACGGAGAUGGCGCAGCCCGGAGAGCUGUACAGGACCCCGGCCUCCAGGCUGGACGCCUUUGUGACACAGUGGCUGCAGCCCAAGCGGAGGCAGAAGGAGGAAGUGCUGGACACCCUAUGGGCUGUGGAGCAGUUCCUGAAGAAUGAGCGCUUCCUGGGGGAGCAGGGACCGCACCGCAGUGCUCGAGUGCUCAAGGUGGUCAUGGUGGGUUGCUAUGGGAAUGGCACGGCACUCAGGAACAACCUUGAUGUGGAGCUGGUGGCGUUUCUGAGCUGCUUCCACAGUUUCCAGGAUGAGGCCGACUCCCGCCAGACCAUCCUGCACAUGAUACAGAGAAAGGCCUGGAGCUGCCAAGACCUUCUGGAGCUGGGGCUCUGGGACGUGCAGGUGACCCAGGGGCCCCCCAGUGGUGUCGUCCUCUCCAUCAAGACCUGGGACAGCACUACGCCCACCACAGUCACCAUCGUGCCUGCCUACAGAGCCCUGGGGCCCUCUGCUCCCGGAGGUCAGGCCCCUCCGUUCCCAAACGCAGCUUGCUACCAGGAUCUGAUUGCAGCCUGUGACUACCCAGGGCAGUUCUCCCCCUCCUUCAGCGAGCUGCAGAGAAACUUCGUGAAACAUCAGCCAACCAAGCUGAAGAGCCUCCUGCGCUUGGUGAAACACUGGUACCUGCAGUACGUGAAGGCCAGGUGCCCCAAGGCUCACCUGCCCCCUCUCUAUGCCCUCGAGCUUCUCACUAUCUACGCCUGGGAAGUGGGGACUCAUAUGGAGACGGCUUUCCAGCUGGACAAAGGCUUCACCACCGUGAUGGAGCUGCUGCAGGACUCCGAGUCCCUCUGCAUCUACUGGAACCACUUCUACUCGCUCCAGGACCCCGUCAUAGGGGAUCUGGUCAGAAAACAGCUCCAGAGAGAGAGGCCCAUCAUCCUGGAUCCGGCUGACCCCACGCACAACGUGGCAGAAGGCUACAGGUGGGACAUAAUGGCUCAGAGGGCCAGCCAGUGCCUGAAACAGGACUGCUGUUAUGACAGUGAGGACAACCCAGUCCCUGGCUGGGACGUGCAGCUCCUGUUAGCCACGCCGUCCCUCCACACACCAUUCCCUGGAUUUGAGGAGGCCACAGCACGUGAGACCAGCCCUAGCACUCGAGUCAUUCAAGUGACCGUGGAGCUGUGGAACUCCUGGAAGCUGAGCUUCAGGGUCAAUCCUUACGACCCUGUCAAGAAGCUCAUGAAGAAGAUCCAGCGAAGCAAAGGCUUCUCCGGCCAGCUGCAUCUGUCCUUCCAGGAGCCGGGAGGGGAGCGGCAGCCCCUCAACCCCACCUGCACCCUGGCCUCUCACGGGAUCUUCUCUGACACCCUCUUCAGUGUGGUGGAGACCGUGUUCCCCGAGAUCCAGGUCUUUGUGAAGGGCCCGGAUGGUGAGAGCCAGGCCUAUGUCACCCACCCCAACAGCUUUGUCUCCAGCCUGAAGCAACAGAUCGAAUUCCAGUGCGGGCUGCCGAAAAAGCAGCAACAGCUGGAGCUCCGAGGCCAAGUUCUGCAGAACUGGCUGGUUUUGGGGAGCUGCGGUGUCCAGGAAAACAACACCCUCAUCCUCUCCAAGAAGCAAGCUGGAGAGGCUCCGUUUGUUUCCACGUGCUAACUCCCUCCAGACAAGUGUCGCCGCCUCCUAACCCAGGGCUUAGCUGCCACCUCUCCUCCAGGCUUUCUGCAUUGGGGGUUUCAAGUUGUUUGUUUGUUUGUUUGUUUGUUUGUUUGUUUGUUUGUUUAACACCAGAGCACCGCCCAGCUCUGGCUUAUGGUGGUGUGGAGGAUUGAACCUGGGACUUCGGAGCCUCAGGCAUGAGAGUCUCUUUGCACAAUCAUCAUGCUAUCUAUACCCGCCUGGGGUUUCAAGUCUUCAUCAAAUCUGUGGAGAGUCCUCCUAACCUGCCCAGCAGAGGAGCAAGAAGGGCCUGCAAGACAAUGAUCUACAACAAGAGACUCUUCCUCCACAGCCUCUGCAGCCAUCAGUAUAAGAAGCCAGGUCACAGAGCCCAGAGCCACUAGCCUUACACUUAAGACCUCAGCAACCACCGUGUCCUUGGUCCCCGCCCCUUUCUAAUCUAAGAACCUUCAGAGAAAGCCAAAUAAACUCCCUAACCAAUCACAUCGGGUGCCCCUAUUCUAAUCAGCCCACCUGAAACCUUCUCUUUUUCUACUUGUAAAUAAAGCUCUCCCAGGGCCCUG